AAUUACCAUUUCUGCAAUAUAACGUAGACACUUGAAAAUUACACUUCAUUCCAUUUCCAUCCUCCUUCAAGCUACCAGUCUUCAUACUUUGACACCAUUUGUGUUCUUUUUCUCUACAUCGAACCGAGUAGAACACGUGCAAAGCACGCGGAAGAGCUUGGAAGUUUUAAUUCCCAUCAUUCUCCUUCUCCUUCUUAUUCUCAUAUAAAAGUUUUCCUGUGGAAUUCUUGGGUGAAAAGACUUAGAAAAAUGCUGGAUGAGCUACUGGUUGUUAGUAAGUUGUGAACUGAACCACAUUGAAGAUCAACAACUCAAUUUUGGUGGGAAAAAAUGCACAAUGCAGAGAAGACUAUUGUCAUAAAACCAGUUCCUUCAAGACCCUUUUCCAGUUACAGGUCCUUCUCAGAUCUCGUCGAUGGCACGAUAAAUCGAUCUCUAACUGCUGAUGAUAAAAUUCCUGCAAUCAAACCAAAGACCGUCAGAUUUAGACCCUCUUCAAGCAAUUCCCUUCCCUCUCGGCCUGAUGUAUCAGAAGCAGCAUCCAGAUUUACAUCUGACAAAGCAUCUGCUACGACUUCAGAAGCAGUCAAUGAAGCACCAUCCAUAUACAAACCUAUGGCAGAGUCUGUGUCCAAAAAUUAUGAUUCUCUCAUGGAAAAUUACAUGGUAAAUGAUGUGGGUCAUCAGAAAACAUCGGUAGACGACGAGUUGCAAUUACAAGAUAUCAACCCGGAAAACUACCUUGUUCAGAAUCAAAUUACCUCAAGCUUUCAGCAUAAUUCACCAUCCCUUGUUGCUACAAGGGAACAGGAUAGGCAAUCUUGUGAUGGAUACAACUGGAGAAAAUAUGGACAAAAACAAGUAAAAGGAAGCGAAUAUCCACGAAGCUACUAUAAAUGCACACAUCCAAGUUGUCCUAUGAAGAAAAAGGUUGAGAGAUCCUUUGAUGGUAAUAUUGCUGAAAUUGUUUAUAAGGGAGAGCAUAAUCAUCCGAAGCCUCAGCCAGCUAAACGUCUUGCAGCGGUAUCAGAAGAGCAAAGUUUUGUUAAUAAUAAUAACAAUAAUAUUGGUAACAAUUUGCUGGGGAGUUCUCAUGAUUCUUUUAUCGGUACUACGCUCAGUCAUUAUGAUGGUACUCCUGAUCUUUCAGGUGUAUGUUCAGGUAUCGAAAAUGAUAAUGAGAGGCAUAAGUCUAAGAAAAGGAAGCAUAAGAAGCGAGUUAAUGUAGAAGAAGCAGCGUCACAAUUUGUCGGAGACCCUGAACCUCUGAUGCAAGCUUCCACAGAAUCAACUAUCACAGGGGACGGUUUUCGCUGGAGAAAAUAUGGACAAAAAAUAGUCAAGGGAAAUCCAUAUCCAAGGAGUUACUACAGAUGCAGCAAUCUAAAAUGCAAUGUUCGAAAGCACAUUGAGCGGGUAUUGGAUGAGCCAACAUCAUUCAUCAUAACCUAUGAAGGAGAACACAACCAUGAAAUGCCCGAUAGAACGACGAAUUCAGCUGCUCAGAUAAAUAUUCUAAGCGCUGAGUAGGGUUAUUUUCAUGAUUCCAUUGACAGUUGAUUUUUAUAUUUUCAGCAUAAUUUUCUAACUCAUUUGUACUGUUGGCACCCCAGUUUUUUUUUUAUUUUAAAAAUUGAUCUCUUAUAGGAGUUCUAUAAAGCUGGUGUACACAAAGUUAAAGGAACUGUCAAUCUACGUGAGGAAUUUUUAGAGGAACUAUAUCUUAUGGUUGUAAUAUUUUUGUAGCUACGCGUCAGCUCUAUUGACUUCAGUUUCAGCUU